AUGGGGAAAAAGAAAUCUGAUGAUGCUGGGGGUGCCGGGAAGGGUAAGGCAGCCACCAAAGAGGCAGCUACCACGGGGAAGAAAGAUAAACUCUCGGUAUCUGCCAUGUUAGCUAGUAUGGAUCAGAAACCUGAUAAUCCCAAGAAAGCACCUUCGUCCAGUAAACCCAAGCCUAAGCCUAAGCAAAAAGCUCAAGCCUACGAUGACAUUGAUCUCCCUCCAUCUGAUGACGAUGAUGAUGAUGAUUAUGUCUCAGGCGAGGAGGGAAACCAGAUGGAUGCUCCCAAGAGAUCUAACCAGCAGCAGUUCUUGAAGCCCGUUGAGGCUUCUCUUUCAGAAAAAGAGUUAAAGAAGCGGGAAAGGAAGGAACUCCUUGCCGCUCAAGCUGCUGAGUUGGCAAGGAAGGAGGCUCUCAAGGAUGACCAUGAUGCAUUUACUGUUGUCAUUGGAAGCCGUGCAUCGGUCCUUGCUGGAGAGGAAGAAGGUGAUGCCAAUGUCAAGGAUAUUUCAAUUGACAACUUUUCAGUGUCGGCACGUGGGAAGGAGCUCUUAAAGAAUACGGAAGUUAAGAUAUCCCAUGGAAAGAGAUAUGGUUUGGUUGGACCGAACGGGAUGGGGAAAUCUACACUUUUGAAGCUUCUUGCUUGGAGGAAGAUACCAGUCCCUAAGAACAUUGAUGUCCUGCUGGUUGAGCAAGAAGUUGUUGGUGAUGAUAAAUCUGCUCUACAGGCAGUUGUUUCAGCUAACGAGGAACUUGUCAAACUGCGACAAGAAGUGGACACAUUGCAGAAAUUAUCUUCAGUUGGUGAUGAAGAGAUUGACAAUGAUGAUGACCAGGAUGAUGCAGGAGCUAAGCUUGCUGAACUGUACGACAAAUUGCAGCUAAUGGGAUCAGAUGCUGCUGAAGCUCAGGCGUCAAAGAUUCUAGCUGGACUAGGUUUUACAAAGGAUAUGCAGGCUCGUGCAACUCAGUCUUUUAGUGGAGGGUGGAGGAUGAGGAUUUCUCUUGCUCGGGCACUUUUUGUGCAGCCAACUCUAUUGUUGCUUGAUGAGCCGACAAACCAUCUUGAUCUUAGGGCUGUCCUAUGGCUGGAGGAGUACUUAUGCAGAUGGAAGAAAACUUUGGUGGUUGUCUCGCACGAUCGCGAUUUCCUUAACACAGUUUGUAAUGAAAUCAUUCAUCUGCAUGAUCUUAAGCUUCACACAUACCGUGGGAACUUUGAUGUUUUCGAAAGCGGGUAUGAACAAAGGCGGAAAGAGGUUAAUAAGAAAUUUGAGACUUACGAGAAGCAGAUGAAAGCUGCCAAGAAGACUGGGAGUAGGGCUCAGCAGGAGAAGGUCAAAGAUCGUGUAAAGUUCGCUGCAAACAAGGAUGCAUCAAAGAGCCGAGCUAAGGGGAAAGUUGACGAUGAUGAUGUGCCUGCUGAAGCCCCAAGAAAAUGGAGGGAUUAUAGCGUCGAAUUCCAUUUUCCUGAACCCACUGAGCUCACACCUCCACUUUUGCAGCUUAUCGAAGUUAGCUUCAGCUAUCCAAAUCGGCCUGAUUUUAGGCUUUCAAAUGUUGAUGUGGGUAUUGAUAUGGGAACCCGCGUUGCGAUUGUUGGACCCAAUGGAGCUGGAAAGUCUACCUUGCUGAACCUGCUUGCUGGCGAUUUGGAUCCUACUGAGGGGGAAGUACGAAGAAGUCAGAAAUUGAGAAUUGGAAGGUACUCGCAACACUUUGUGGACCUCCUCACAAUGGGUGAAACACCUGUUCAGUAUCUUUUGAGACUGCAUCCAGAACAAGAAGGGUUUAGCAAACAAGAGGCUGUGCGUGCAAAACUUGGGAAAUAUGGACUACCCAGCCAUAAUCAUCUUACCCCUAUUGCUAAACUAUCUGGUGGACAGAAAGCUCGUGUUGUAUUUACGUCAAUAUCCAUGUCAAAGCCUCACAUUUUGUUAUUGGAUGAACCCACCAAUCAUUUGGAUAUGCAGAGUAUUGAUGCACUAGCUGAUGCUCUAGACGAGUUUACUGGUGGGGUUGUCCUGGUUAGUCAUGACUCUAGAUUGAUCUCCCGAGUAUGUGAUGAUGAAGAAAGGAGUCAAAUCUGGGUUGUGGAAGAUGGAACCGUGAAGUUUUUCGAUGGGACGUUUGAAGAAUACAAGGAGGAAUUGCAAAAAGAGAUUAGAGCCGAGGUUGAUGAUUGA